CUGGCGUCCUCCCGUCGCCCGGCGCCGCUCCCGCCUCGCCGCCGCGCUCGCCGCGGCCGGCGGCGAGCGCCUCCUCGCUCUGGAGCCGCGGCGCCGCCGCCCUCGCCGGCGCGGAGGCAGACCUCGAGGAGGUGUCGAGGGAGCUGGAGAGGAAGGCCGAGGUCUUCAGCGAGAAGUUGUGCGAGGACUUCCGCGGCAUGUGCGAG